CUCUCAUGAAUUGUGUGCUCUGAGCUGAUAUUCUCAGAGGAACGGGAGGAGCUUAAUUGACACCGCAGCAGAUACAGAAGCCUAUGCAUUCUACGUAGUUGUCUUGGCCAUGAAACCUCGCAUGGGUCGAUCUUCCUCCUCGAUUAGAGCGCAUGAUCAACAUCCAAUUUUAGAUCUCUAUCUAUAAAUUCGAACCAUGCUGCUCGCUUCGGCUCCUGUUGGCGCCCCCCGACUUCGCGCGAGCACCACCAUGAUGAUAUUCCUCGUCCCCCUCGUCUUGUCUGCCUUUGCUUUUGCUUCUCCAAAAUACACUAGCAAAGUCAAGGAAAGCAUCGAGGCACCGAGGGAAUGGAUCAAUCUGGGCGCUGCUCCAGCAGAUCAUACGAUCGCCCUUCGGAUCGCCCUGCCUCAAUCCAACUUUGAUGCCCUCGAGCAGCAUCUGUAUGAGGUCAGCGACCCUUCGCACUCGAGGUAUGGAGAGCAUCUAUCGAAGGAAGAGGUAGAGGAGCUCGUGGCACCUCGUGAGGGUAGUGUCAACGCUGUGAGCGAAUGGUUAGAACAGCAUGGGAUCGGAGCGGACCAGGUUUCGAGGUCGGAUGCGGGAGACUGGGUCAGAGUUCGUGUUUCGGUUGGUUUGGCUGAAAAAAUGCUCGAUACGAAAUACUACGUCUGGAAACAUGCCCAAGACGGGGACGUGCUCGUUCGCACGACGAGCUACAGUUUACCUUCGGACCUUCAUUCGCAUAUCGAGCUCAUUCAGCCUACGACCAUGUUCGCCCGUCCUCUCCGUCAGAAGUCCAUGGUUAGCCUCGUACCGGACCAGGCUUUCGCUAGCAAUUCUUCAAAUGGGACUAUUACCGAUCCCGUCACUGGCGUCAAAGUCGAUGCGAGCUGCAACACGACCAUCACUAUUACUUGUAUCAAGCAGUUGUACAGUGCUGUUGGAUACAACUCCAGCGCCGUAAAUGGUAACCAGAUCGGCAUCACGGGUUAUCUGGACCAGUUUGCUAACAUGGAGGACCUGCAACUGUUUUAUGCCGACCAAAGGCCAGACGCUCUGAAUUCGUCUUUCAAGGUCGUUUCCGUCAAUGGCGGCACGAACAAUCAAACCUUGAGCGCAGCGGGAGCUGAAGCAGAUUUGGAUGUCCAGUUCGCCUUUGGACUAACUUUCCCAGCUCCGGGUACUUUCUGGACCACCGCCGGCUCCCCGCCGUUCGUACCGGAUGCACUUACCCCCACGGAUACUAAUGAGCCAUACACUGAGUGGUUGGACUUCGUCUUGUCGCAUCCGAAUCCACCUCAAACGAUUUCCACUAGCUAUGCUGAUUCUGAGCAGAGUGUCCCCGAAAGCUUUGCCAAACGGGCUUGUGCAGGAUUCGCCCAACUCGGCGCCCGCGGCGUUUCACUCUUGUUCGGUUCUGGCGACAACGGUGUGGGUGACGGACAGGCCACAUUCAAUGCUUCGACUACGGAGUGUAUUGCGAACGAUGGCACGAACAGAACGACUUUCAUACCCUUGUUCCCCGCAUCGUGUCCUUUCAUCACCUCGGUUGGUGCUACACAACACAUCCCCGAAGUCGCGGUCACUCGGUUCUUCUCUGGCGGAGGAUUCUCUAACUAUUUCUCUCGACCUUCGUACCAAGACGCAGCGGUCGCUUCGUUCUUCGAAAAGUUCGACAAGAACACUUAUAAAGGACUGUUCAACCCUGAAGGACGGGCCAUCCCCGACGUCUCCGCCCAAGGCGACUUCCUCCGCAUCUUCCUCUCCGGCUCACCCAUCUUAAUCGGCGGCACCUCCGCCGCCACACCCACCUUCGCCGGAAUCGUAUCCCUCCUGAACGACGCACGCAUCUCUGCUGGCUUACCGACUCUCGGUUUCUUGAACCCUAUGUUGUACAGCACGGGUCUUGCGGGGUUGAACGAUAUUCUCGUGGGGAAUAAUGCGGGGUGUGGAACGCCUGGGUUUAAUGUGACUGAAGGAUGGGAUCCUGUAACGGGUCUUGGAACGCCUGAUUUCAAGAAGUUGAAGGAGAUUGUGUUGGGGUUGUAAUAUUCUUUGAACCAGGGUGUCCGACCGCAGUUGGUGCGAUUUUGUAGCCUAGUCUUCGUAGAUAUAUCCACGUUCUUGAGGUAGAUUGGCCUCGCCUACGGUAUCUCGCAGUUUUGCCUCAGCGCCACCCACCGAAUGUGUCUGUUUUCGGCGGAGCGGUUUCCUUUUAAGACAGACCGCCAACAGUCUAACGCCCUUUUCAAGCUUUCGCACUCCUUCCUCAUCGACUUGUGCAAAUUUUAUGUUGUCCUCUGAUUGUCGUGUACUUACUCCCAUCCAUCCGACGUGACGGCGCUAGAUCGUUGCCCAAGAAA